AUGAAACCGCUUGAGAAACAACACGAGACACCGAUUGAUAUCUCAUUGGCUAACACCGGGACCACUUCCAGCUCCAGUUCCACUCUAACACACAUUUCAUCCUUCAAAGUGUCGACUGACAAGGAAUCGCAUGACUCAGACGGGAAUGGUAUGUGGAAAUGGAUACCAAAAGUAUUGGAACAGGAAUUCCGUCAAUGGGAGCAAACGUUUCCCAGAAUUGAUUUUCAGAAACUGUUCCUGAAGUCGACAUCAGUUGUGGGCAAUGAUAACAGUCUUGAGACUACGGGUGUUACCAAUGAUAAGACCACCGGUAAUUGUCAGACACUGUCGACAAUUGUCUUAGAGCUGUUCCUGUGGUCACCGGACGAGUCGACCACCAAAUGGCAUAUCCGUCGCAAUCAAACUCUAUGUCUGGUUUGCGAUGAAAAUACCGGUGCCUAUAGUUUGCGUGUAUUUGACUCGAGCACAGGUCGUGCAAUUUGGAGCCGAGAGUUGGGCUCAGACUUUGGCCAUAAGAUACCUGACCUCAGAUUUCUGUUGACACAAUUGACCUCAAUUUUGGGAACCGUUGGACAGCAGUGUCAUUACAUGUCAAACUCAUACCACAAGAAAUCGAUGGCAAUGACUGAUAAGAUAAUGAAGAAGCUAUCGAAAGCUAAUUGUCAGACACUGUCGACAAUUAUCUUAGAGCUGUUUCUGUGGUCACCGGACGAGUCGACCACCAAAUGGCAUAUCCGUCGCAAUCAAACUCUAUGUCUGGUUUGCGAUGAAAAUACCGGUGCCUAUAGUUUGCGU